GAAACUGAAUACAAUCGUUACAAGAAAGAACUUGAUGAGACCAGCAAAUUCUAUGCUGAAGUGUCCGAACCUGGACAGGAAAUACUAAUGUUCAGGAGACGAUUAAGUAAACAGUCGACAGUAGUAAAUGUUUUUUGGAAACUUCAAGUUGAGAGUCAAAGUAUUGUGGUGAGGAGUAAGUUAAAAGAGAAAAAGGCAAAGGCGAAAGUUCUAAAAUUGCAGGCGAAUCAGCAUGUAACCAUUACCACAGUGGCGAUAGAACAAAUUCAACAAUAUGCCAGAUCAACAAACACCGGCAUCACGAAAAGAUUCUAUGAUGAUGACAACGAAAAAACGGCAAAACGUACCAGAACUAAUAAGAGCGAGGUUGAUAAUUCAGACUCUGAAGGAAAUAAUAAUUUUCAUGCUGAAAACUAUGACCAUCAAGAUUUAGGCCAGACUGAUGAUGAACUUGAAAAGUCUCUCUCAGUAAUAGUCAUUAAACAUCGAGAAGAAAUAAAAAUAAAAGUGGCAACAAUACUUAUUAAAGUUUCAGAAUAGUUAAAAAUGGGUUUUUUCUAUGGAAAAGGUUGUGGAGGAUGCUCUUUACAAUUUUACGAAUGAAUGCUCAUAUCACAUAUUUUUGAUACUUUUCUUUUUUACAUGUGAUUUUUUUGGCAGUUUUUCUUCUUCACUUCUAUUUUUUUUUAGGUUUAAAAAAAACUUUAAUACUUUGUUGUCUUUCACUAUAUUUACAAUUA